UAUGUAGUAACGUUACAGCACUGGGGGAUGGAUUGAAGGAAGGAAGGCAUGGAUCCCAUUGAAGAAAAAACGAGCAAAGCGGUCGACAUAUAUCGUGAUACAUGGAUCCGCUUCCUAGGCUAUGCCAACGAGGUCGGGGAGGCCUUCCGUGCUCUGGUACCAGUGAGCUUUGUUUGGGGCAGCUACGCUGUGGCCACCGUGUACGUUACUGCUGAUGCUGUGGACAAAGGGAAGAAAGCAGCUGCGGCCCACGGUGACAACCCGGGGAAGACGACGCGGGUAGCGGCGGCAGUGGUGGACACGUUUGUGUGGCAGGCCCUUGCCUCUGUGAUCAUACCGGGCUUCACCAUUAACCGAGUGUGCGCCGCGUCACUGCACCUGCUGGGCAAGACAACGAAGUGGCCCCUGCCCGUCCGCAAGUGGACCACGACAGCUAUCGGCCUCUCUACAAUCCCCUUCAUCAUUACUCCUAUAGACAGGUCAGUGGACUACCUGCUCGAUUCGAGCAUUCGGAAGAUCUACCACGAGGACGAGAAGCAGAAAUGAGGACGGAUCAUCCACCCCGCUGAUACUAGAAACCACUCCAGCCCACGUAGACCUGUUCUUGUUCUCCACCAAUGUGAAGCACUAAAGAAUGCUGAAGAAGAAUUUCAUGGAGCAAGACUCCCCAGUUAGCCACAAAUACAUAUAAUCAAAUAGAUUUUAGUAAGAAAUUACAUCAUUUACAUUCAUAUAAGUAAGUUGAAAGGGAAUUCCUGCUUCAUGAAAUAUCUUUUGGGAUCCUUAACUUGAACCUCAAAGGGCAAUCUUGAUAGCGACACCAAACAAAAGCUUGAACAGGAAUGUAACAGCAUGAAUUAUUUUUAAAUAUUCGCAGUGAAGUUCUUCUUAAAGUAUUCUUCGGCAGGGACACAGUGUGCUGUUAUAUUCCUGUGAUCCUCUUUACAGAGAUCCAUGGUUGCCCUCAUGGUUCAGAGUUAUAAACUCACCUCAUGUCCAGAUGUCGAGGAUUUAAAUACAAAUCCACACUUGCUGUGUUUUAUUAGCCAUAUUCAGUGGUGCUGUGAUGCCAAAAAAGCCAGUUUGCUUUAAUGUCCCUCUUAUUCUUGACUUCCUUAAAGUUCAUCUUUGACUGUUUCUUUCUGAAAACAAAGGUGUCUGUUACUUUAAAUACAUGUUUCAAGUGUCUUAUGCACUUUUCACUAUUUCAUUUGACCUGACUGUUGGUGUUGGGAGCCAAUGUUUGCACUGGGAGCAUUUUAUUUACACCAUGGUUACAAUCCAUAUUAUUCUGAAUGGUAUAUGGUUAUCUUAAACUAAGAAUAUUCAAGUUGAACUCCACAAGUAUUUGAAUUAUUUCUCACCAAUAUCUAAACUGUUGCUCAAUAAGUCUGUAGUCAGACAGUCUUGAUGUACAAUGCUGUAACUUCUGUAGUGUGAAAACAUUCAACAUCUGUAACUAGUUUAAAGCAGCUUUGAAACAUACUUGUAUGUUGUACGUACUAGCGUUGAACUUCUCAAAUACAUGUGGAGGUCAGUGCCACAGAAACGGGUUUAAGGGAUUCUUUUAGCAAUAUGCAGAUUCUAUACGUCUUUAUUAUUUCUUUUCUUUGAGGAGCCAAGUCAUAUACUGUAUCUCAUGCUGAACUAUGCAAAAGGGAACCUGGGAAGAUGUUGUGUACACAUGUGAGCUUCUCAAAUUACAAUUAAAAUGUGAUUUAAAUAAUAUAAGAAGGGAUACUAAAUGUAACAUGAACAUUAGAGAAAGAGGAGCUUGCUGUAUUGGGAAUGGUUAUCAUUGUCAUUUUUUUUCUGUCGGUGUAAACAAGUGUACAACUCGAGCAAUAACUUCUUUCGUGUCGCACAAUAUUCUCUUUGCUGUGAGGGAUGCUGUUCAGUUUAUCGUAGAGAGAGAAAUGCUGGAAAAAAGAGACUGUGAUUUGUAACUCGGGGUGCACCAACAAUGUUUUGACUUGCUGUAGUUCAGUAAUAUUUAAUGACCAGAUCAGGACACACAAUGCACAAUGUUUUUUUUUUUUAAUGUGCGUAAGGCUCCAGUUCAUUCACUCAAGUGAAACUUUUUCCUUCUGUAAGUUUAAGGGUACAGACCUUUAUUUAUGUCGGGUAACUUGACUUGUCAUCGCAGGGAAAGCACACGAGUCCAGAUGGUUUCUUUAAGUGUCCCAGUAAGCCAGUGAUUCAAUGUGUAUGGUAACAUGACUGGGACCCUUUACAUGUAAUGCACACAUCAUCUUAUUAAUGUGCUGCUCCUGCUUUGAUAAGCGUAUUGGUGCAUCCCUUGGGAAAAUCCAUUUAUUCAUGUUCAAUUGUAACACUUCAGACUGUACACAGGACUUCAUUGUAUUUUCCAUUGAUGCACGCGCAAAAUGAACGGUUUAUUUUUUUCAAUGUUUUUCUCAUGUGGCAGUGUUUUUCAGAAGUGGGUUUUAUGAGUCACAUUUUCAGCCUUAACUGAAAAAAAAGGAUCAAACCUCAAACUGUUUUUUGUGUGAAAGCAGCUGUUGAAAGCUGAAGCUCCAUUCAUUACAAUGGUUCUGUAAGAACGUCUGACACACUGGAGAAAUACAAAAUAUAAAUCUGUCUUGAAAUAAAUCAAAGUUUAAAAUACCAUGAUAUCACUUUGUGUGGAGUUCUUGUAAAGUCUAUUGGCUU